AUGCCAACUGCCAUGCACGGCUACCUGCCACCCAACACUGCUGAUGACACUCUGUCUUCGAGGGGAGGUCUUUCUCUCCACUCAAGCGGUCCACAGUCACACGGUAGUAGCCACAGUUCCUUUACCUCAGAGUUAUCAAGCUACAAUGGCUCGAGUUCAGUGGAACCACUCGUCUAUCAUUCUACCAUGCAACCUCAGGGAGCGACUGGGGAAUACCCUGCCCAUUACACUCAAAUGGGUGCAGGUGGCAGCAGAUACAAUGCUUCAGGUGGGUAUAUGGCACCGAGCAAUGUCGGGUCGAGAUUACAGGGGCUGGGCAGCAUCCACCCACACAUGUCACACUACCAACCAGUCCCCUACAGUGCUGCCCCCUCUCCCAUUGCUUACAGUAGUAGUGGAAGAGUCGUCCCCCAAGACUAUCCAUACCAUUCACAGUUGCAACAACAACAGGCAAUGUACAGUACACACCACUCACUGCACUACGGACAGCCAGAAGCACAGACUUACAACUACGAGACUCAGAGGGCUCCACCUGCAAACCACUACGGACAAAAUGUGCCGAUUGAUGCCCAGCAGUAUGAACCAGGCUACACAAGUUACACUGGCCCUCCAAAUGAGUAUGCCCCUACGUCAAUACCCUAUCAUCCCCUACAAAGUUCCUCAUCAGUAUCGUCCUCAGAUUGGAACAGCAGACCUUCAAACGGGUAUCCAACGCACCAGUAUCCUUCCGGAGUCCAUCCAGUGUUCACGCCAACACACUCACCACCGCAGCCUCAAGGGCAGCUCCCACAAGGAGCCAGUCAUCAACCCGUGCACCAAACCCAGUAUUCACACUACACGCCGUCGUCGCAUGCCCAGUUCUCUUCCAACUUUACUCCGUCUUUGGUGCAGAGACCAACGCCUCAACACUCCAAAGGUGCCUACUAUCCAGCAGUACAUGGGAGUGACGGAGACGAGGACCGGCCCCAGGGAGCAGAUGUAGCAGGUGUCAGUGGGAAACUUGGGGGUUAUGGUGGGUCUAGUGCCGGCGGGGAAAUUGGUCUUGCACAGGGUUUUGAAAAAUUAAAGCUUCAGUCGCAAACGCAGGAUGAUAAAUCCAGCUCUGGGAAGCAACCUCUGAGCUCGGAGUGUGGCAGCUACAAAACCGCUAACUACAGUUGGAGCAAUGAUGAUGAUAGUGAAAGGACUUGUUCCUCGUUCAUUUCGGGAGGGCUGGGCAGCCGGCAAGAAAAACUAGAAGACAAGACGGGAUUUCUCCCAAAGACAUCAAUAGAGUUUCUCGAACAGCCUCGCGAUUCCACCGUCGGUCUAAACGGCACCCUGAAAUUGACGUGCAGAGCACGGAUAAUUGGGUCUAAAUUAGAGGAGGAACCCGAUUAUCUGUGGUACAAGGACGGUGAGCCACUGGUGGGGGAGAUAAGUGGGGAAUGCGUGGUGGAGAACGUUGGGGAGGGAGAAGGUGGGCGAUAUUUCUGCCUGGUGUCUCAUCCAGACGAUCAAAGAACCUCUCUGAAAUCCCAGAUCGCUGUUGUUACUAUCAGGACAAGUGGAGAUACACGAGCUCCAGUGCUGACCCACCAGCCUGAGGCCUAUGUAGAGGCAGUCAAGGGGGAGCCACUAGUCCUGACCGUAGUAGCAGAGGGAGAAGGCCCCCUGAGGUACAAGUGGUUCAAGGGGACGCGGGAGCUCCAGUACUGCAGUGGGAACAUUGUGAGAGUGACUGCGUGUAGCUCUCUGGACAGCGGCCAGUACUGCUGCACAGUGUCAAAUGACUACGGGAGUGUUCUGAGUGACGUAAUCCUGGUGAAGGUCGUCCUACAGAGAACCAUCCCACCACCUCGCUCCAGUAGGUUAAAAAGUUGUGCAUUACGAUAA